AUGCCUUCAUUCAGCAUACACAUCUUGGCCUGGGUAUUGUGGAUACAUGUAGCAUGGGCACAAAAGUCAGCCUUUGACUAUGUAGACCCGUUGAUUGGAACAACAAACGGAGGACAUGUAUUCCCAGGUGCUACACUUCCAUUCGGCAUGGCGAAAGCCGGUCCAGACGUGAUAGGCGAGAAUCAGGGCGGUUUCUCCUCUUCCGAUGCCCCUAUAUACGGUUUCUCCCACAUGCACGACUCCGGCACAGGUGGAUCUCCCUCCCUAGGGAACUUCCCCAUCUUUGCACAAGCAGGUUGCCCAAAUGAUGAUAUAAAUGCCUGUUCAUAUCCCAUGUACCAACGAGCAACAGCACGUGCUCCAGGAAAAGUCCACGCCAAGCCAGGAUACUUUGAUAUCACGCUGGAAAGUGGAGUCAGGACGGAAAUGACAGUGACAAACCACACUGCCUUGUAUCGCUUCACGUUCCCGGAGCGCCCUAAAGCGAGAAACACGACACUCAGUCCCCACAUCUUGGUCGAAUUGACUGAUUUACCGCAAACGAGAAGUGAAGGCAGCAUUAAUGUCUCUGCUGAAACGGGACGAAUGAGUGGCACAGGUGUCUUUUCCCCCUCUUUUGGUAUAGGAACAUACCGGUCCUACUUCUGUCUUGAUUUUGAUGGCGCAAAGAUUAAGAAUGCGGGUGUUUGGACUAACUCGCGGGCAUCGUAUGUAACCAGCCUGGAUAUCAAACCAGGGGAUGAGCGACAAACGCCUAGCGCACGACCUGCGGGUGGAUGGGUGCAAUUCGAGAAACCGACAGAGAGGAAUCAGAUUCUCGCAAGAGUGGGCAUGAGUUUUGUGAGUGUGGCACAAGCUUGUGCGAAUGCGGAGCGCGAGGUACCCAACCGGGCCUUUGAUUCACAUGUUGCUACCGCGGAGGCUGCCUGGCGCGCUAAACUUGAUGUCAUUACCAUCCAAGAUGGCGGCGUGAGAGAUGUGUUCCCGACGGCAUUUUGGAGUGGGGUGUAUCGCGCGAUGAUUAGCCCACAGGAUUAUACUGGCGAAAACCCAUUCUGGAACUCUGGAGAACCGUACUAUGACUCUUUCUAUUGUAUUUGGGAUUCGUUUAGAAGUAUCCAUCCUUUGCUCACGUUGCUGGAUCCACAUAGCCAAACGUUGAUGUUGAGGAGCUUGUUGGAUAUCUAUCGACAUGAGGGAUGGCUGCCGGACUGUCGAAUGAGAAACACGCAAGGCGGUUCCAACGCAGACAUUGUCAUCGUAGACGCCUACCUCAAGAACAUCAGCGCAGGAAUCGACUGGAACCUAGCGUACGAAGCGCUCGUAAAAGAUGCAGAAGUCGAGCCAGCAAAUUGGGAUGUCGAGGGUCGUGGAGGCCUUGCCUCUUGGAAAUCCCUGGGUUACAUACCAACGGAGAAUCUGGACGUCGAUGGUGUGGGCACGGAAACACGGUCCGUCUCUCGCACUGUGGAAUAUGCAUACAAUGACUUUGUCAUCUCUACGUUAGCGCGCGACCUGGGCCAUAUGGAUGAUGCUCAAAAGUAUCUAGCUCGCUCUGGACAUUGGAAGAACAUGUUCAAAGCGGACCAACGGAGCUACUACAACGGUGUCGACAGCGGGUUCGAAGGCUUCCUCCAGCCACGCUAUAUGAAUGGCUCGUGGGGCUACCAAGAUCCCAUCUUCUGUUCUCCGUUGAUGAACUUCACUGGAUGCUACCUGAACCCUUCUGGAGGAGAAACCUACGAGGGACCAGUAUGGCUCUACACAUUCUUCGUCCCAGGAGACAUGGCAGGUUUGAUCGCCACCCUCGGUGGCAAAGAGCGAUUCAUCGAGCGCCUGAACUGGCUUCAUGAGUCUGGCGUCCUCUACCUGGGUAACGAGCAGUCUUUUCUCAAACUCUUCCUAUACCACUAUGUGGGUCGGCCCGCGUUAUCCGCACAGCGCGCACACCAGUACAUCCCCUCGCUUUUCAACGACACCGUAGGCGGCAUACCGGGCAACGACGACAGCGGCGCCAUGGGCUCCUUUGAAGCGUUCGUCAUGAUGGGCUUCUUUCCCAACGCAGGACAAGAUGUAUACUUUAUCAUCCCGCCGUUUUUCGAGAGCGUGUCCAUCAAGAGCGGUCAGACUGGUAAGACGGCAACGAUUCGAAACAUUAAUUUCGAUGCCAGGCACAAGAACAUCUAUAUCCAGUCUGCGACGCUGAAUGGGGAGCCCUACACGAGGAAUUGGCUACAGCAUAGCUUCUUCUUGGAUGGCGGCGUGUUGGAACUCACGCUGGGUGCGGAGGAGAGCACUUGGGGUACGAGGCCGGAGGAUGUACCUCCCAGUCUUGGACCGACGGGGAAUACAGAUGGGAUGAUUACGAUGGAGAAGAAGUGGCUUACAACACCAGAGGACUGGGGCUUUGCUGAGGGCUUGUGA